AUGGACGCGUUCGUGUCGCGCAAGAGAAAGUGGGUUGAACAGUCGCCCUCGUCGAGUAAUAAUAAAGGCGUGCAACCUCGAGAGAAUGCAGAGGAAGAGUCUACCGACUUCAAGCUGGCUCUAUUGGCAUCUCUACAUCCAAAUCUUGAUGAAGGAACCCUGCUUGAGGCAUUGCUCGCCGCCGACGGGGUCGUCGAACAAGCCUCAGAGUGUCUAUCACAGCCUCUAGCUGCAUCUCCAAGAAAGCGACCCGCACCAUCUACGGUUGGUUAUCAAUCAUCACUGAGCUCGUAUCGCAUUGUUCCUGCCAACGGCACCUUGACCAGAAAGCCGCUUGUAAGAAAAGGCAAGACACUGUUUCUGUACAGUCCAGAAGACAUCGAAGCACAUACGCCUUGCUCUAUCAUACAUAACUUUCUCCCAGCAAAGCAAGCGGACGCAUUGCUGUCCCAGUUGCUUGAAGAGGCAUCAACGUAUGAAAGAUUUGAGUUUAAGCUGUUUGACAGGGUCGUCUUGAGCCCACACACCUAUUCCUUCUACGUCAACAGCCUGGCGGAGGCCGAAAGACAGAAGACCGAAUACGUUUACAACGGUGGCCAGAUCGAGGAUGUUCGGCAAAGCGUACCAGAAAUGCUUAAUGCCUGUCCACAAGUCGAAGAAGCCGUCAAUCGUGAGAUCCAACGCAGAAUACGCGACUUUUACCCCAACGGCAAAAAACUCAAGUACCAAUCCCCUCAUCCAUGGAAGGCCAACACUGCUUUUGUCAACUGUUACGAUGGACCGCAGGAGAGUGUCGGAUACCACGCUGAUCAACUUACCUAUCUGGGCCCACGAGCCGUCAUCGGUAGUCUAAGCCUAGGUGUAGCGCGCGAAUUCCGCGUCCGCAGAAUACUCGCCGAGGACGACGAGCACCGCAAAGAAGACGGUUCCCUCGCAGAUGCUCAAGGCCAGAUUAGCAUCCAUCUUCCGCACAACUCCCUCCUGGUCAUGCACGCGGAGAUGCAGGAAGAAUGGAAACACUCCAUUGCGCCGGCUCAAGCUAUCGAUCCUCACCCACUUGCAGGGAACAAGCGACUUAACAUCACUUAUCGCUUCUACAAGGAUAGCCUACAUCCGAGGUAUACGCCGAAAUGCAAGUGUAAUGUGCCGACUGUGUUGAGAUGCGCGACGAGGAAGAAGGAGUCAAGGGGGAGGUACAUGUGGAUGUGUCAUGCGGGAUACGUGCCAGGUCAGGAGAGCUGCAGCUUUUUUCAGUGGGCUGAAUUUGACGACGAUGGGGAGCCGCCGUGGGCUUGGAAGAUCAAGAAGGAGGGAGGGAGUGAGGAGGAAGAAAGAGCGGAUGGCGAACCCGGCAAAUAA